AUGACCAUCCCCAAGCCCCAUAUCACACCAGACAGUUUCUUCCAUAGAACUACCUCCUCACCUUCACCCUCAGACUCAUUGCUAAGCCCCUGGCCCAUAACCAUCUACUUCAUCUCCGGCAACCCAGGGCUAAUCUCCUACUACCAACUGUUCCUCUCCCUACUCAGCAGCAACAUAGCAUCCAGCCAAGCUGCAAGGCAAAGCGGAGUGCAUAUCGUCGGGCACAGUCUCGCGGGAUUCGAGCUCGAACCUAAGAGUACCGGCAAGCGGGUACCAACUCUCCAAAAUCAUGAAAAGCAAACGCCACAAGAAAGUGGAAAGGCAAAACACAUCCACAACCUCGAAGAGCAAAUCUGCUUCGUGCAGAGCCGGCUAGACGGACACAUGCGCAGGCUACGCAGAGAUUCAGACCCCGUUUCCACCAACGACCUUGACCUCGACGUGGCGAGCGAGAAACCAAAGGUCAUUCUCAUCGGGCACUCGGUGGGCACGUAUAUUGCGAUGGAGAUACUGCGGCGUCAUCGUGAACGCCAGAACUCUGGCACUGCUAGUAAUGCCGAGGGAGAUGCCGAUGCCGACUUCGACAUCGUCGGCGGCAUCAUGCUCUUCCCGACGGUGCUUGAUAUCGCGAAGUCGCCUUCGGGCCAGAAAUUAACCUUCCUCCUCCGCAUAAUCCCGCAAUUCGCUCUCCUGGUGUCUCUCUUCGCGAGGAUCCUAACCGCGCUUCUUCCGACUGGGAUGCUACGAGGGCUUGUUCGGUCCGUCAUGCGCGCGCCGCCUGAGAGUGCUGUUGAGUUGACGACGAAGUUCUUGAAGAGUAAGCAUGGCGUUAGACAGGCUUUACAUAUGGCCGCAGACGAAAUGCGGAAUAUUACCUCUGAUCAAUGGAGCGAUGAUGUUUGGGGCGUGUCGAGGUCGACUCCGACUGCAGGAGAGAAGUCGCAGCCGUUAAGCAGGCUUUACUUCUACUUUGGGCGCAAUGACCAUUGGGUUGCGGAGCAGACUAGGGAGGAGAUUCUUGCUGCGCGGGGUGGGUUGCAUGCAGAGACUGGGCAUGGACCGAAGAUGAUUGUCUGCGAAGAGUCGGUGCCGCAUGCGUUUUGUUUGAGGCACAAUGAGACCAUGGCUAAUAAAGUGGCUGAUAUGGUUCAAGAAAUAAUAGAGUAG